CCACAUGGAGAGCCCAAACACCAAAUCUUCUCAAAAGCUUGUGAGGAGCAGUUCACAAUCUCCAAUCCAAUCUCCUGGAAGAACAGUGAGAUCAAGUUCUCCUCAAUAUCAAUCGAUGAAAAAUAAUAAUGUGUUGAGAUAUGAGUCAAAGGAGAAAUCAGUUGACAAAAACAAGGCUCAACAAAAGUCAUUAGCAAAGGAUAAUAUAAAACCAGUGGAGAUCAAACUUCAUACUCAACAAAGAGCAAGAAGACGUGCUUUAUUCAAUUACUCAAUGGAAACCAAAUCUUACUUCAUAGAGCAACAGAAGAAAACAGUAGAGAAAGUACAAAAGAUGAUACAAGAAGAAGAAGUUCGUUUGCUAAGAAAAGAAAUGAUACCAAGAGCUCAAUUGAUGCCAUUUUUUGAUAAGCCAUUCCUUCCACAGAGAUCAACAAGGCCAUUGACUAUUCCAAAAGAACCAAGUUUCAUGUUGAAUGGCAAAUGUUCUAGCUACAUGAACUUCUCAAUGUUCAACACUAUGAAGCAAGUCAAGUGAAUAGUCAUGAAGGCAAAAUGAAGCUAGUUUCAUAAUUGUCAAUGUUGUCUAUUGUAGAUAUAUAAAUGCUUUGUACAACUAGUUUUUUUUUUUUUGACAUCUUCAAUUUUUCAUUGUUGAAUAAAACUUAAAAGGGUUUGUUUUGUGAUAUAAAAUUUUUGUAAGUUUGGUUAGGUUAUUUUAGAUUCUAGCUAAGGGGUUAGGAUCUACUUAAUUGGGUGUACUUUAAAUCUUUGUCAUUGUUGUUGAAUAAAUAAAUGCAAUCCAUGUA